GUGACGCAAUGCAAUGGGCGUGCUGUCAUGGCCGUGCGCUGCGGGACCGCGCCGUGUUGUAAAUACUCACUGGCGCUAAAGCAACCCGUGUCCGUGUCGGCGGCGGACGGCGACCACGUCUCGCCGCGACGUGAACACGCCCGACACGGGCCCCGAUAAUGAAAUAGGUUUAUCCAGUCCUUGAACAACUACCAGGAAAAAAAUCAACCAAGCACAGGAGAAAAAAAAACUGCAGUAGGAUGACUGCUUCAUAGCGCUCAGCGUUUCAGAUGGUCCUGCCGGUUUGACCUGGGAUAACAGCAGUGCAAGGCUUGUGGUGACACAACAAACUGGAAUCGGCACAGCAGCCAGCAUGUUCAAAAGUGGGCUGAAGAUCAUGGGGAUCUCCCCUGAUCUGUUCCCGGAAACACACCUGGUGCCGUCCCUGCGCGCGAUAUCGACAGCACGGGCCGGCCCCGCCCCUCAUAAGCCCAAGAGGCGCAGCAGCGGAAGCGACAGCGCUGCCAGGCCCCGCCCGUUGUGCUCCGCCCCCAGGCCAGGACCCAGCAUGGAGGUGGGCAUGCGCGUGGUGCGUGGCCUGGACUGGAAGUGGGGGAACCAGGACGAUGGCGAGGGCCACGUGGGCACUGUAGUGGAGAUCGGUCGGCAGGGCAGCACCACCACACCGGAUAAGACGGUUGUGGUGCAGUGGGACAGCGGCACGCGGACCAACUACCGCACUGGCUACCAGGGUGCCUACGACCUUCUGCUUUAUGAUAAUGCUCAAAUCGGCGUACGUCACUCCAAUAUCAUCUGUGACAGCUGCAAGAAGCACGGCAUCAUGGGAAUGCGUUGGAAGUGCAAGGUGUGCUUCGACUAUGACCUGUGCACACAGUGUUACAUGAACAACAAGCAUGACUUGGGCCACGCUUUCGAGCGCUACGAGACAGCGCACUCCCAGCCAGUAAUCUUGGCACCGAGGCAGAACCUCCCACGGAUCAUCCUCAAAGGAAUCUUCCAGGGGGUCAAAGUUGUGCGUGGACCUGACUGGGACUGGGGCAACCAAGACGGCGGGGAGGGUAAGGUUGGGAAGGUAGUGGAUAUUCGUGGCUGGGACACAGAGUCUGGUCGCAGCGUCGCCAGUGUCACCUGGUCCAAUGGCACCACCAAUGUCUACCGAAUGGGCCACAAGGGCAAGGUAGACCUCAAAUACGUGUCUGACGGCCAAGGAGGCUUCUAUUACAAAGACCACCUACCAAAGCUCGGAGAACAUGCUGAGCUGCAGCGCCAGGAGAGUGCGGACGGCCACUCCUUCCAGCAGGGAGACAAGGUCAAAUGUCUCCUGGAGGUGGACAUCUUGCGACAGAUGCAGGAGGGCCACGGAGGAUGGAACCCCAAAAUGGCGGAGUACAUUUGUCGGAUCGGGACUGUUCACAGAAUCACUGACCGGGGCGAUGUCAGAGUACAGUACAGCAACAACAUCCGCUGGACUUUCCAUCCUGGGGCCCUCACCAAGGUGAACACUUUUGGAGUCGGUGAACUAGUACAAGUGUUGGAGGACAUGGAGAGUGUGAAGAGACUGCAGGCUGGGCAUGGAGAGUGGACAGACAGCAUGGCUCCUGUGCUUGGCCAGAUGGGUAAGGUGUUGAAAGUAUAUGCGGAUGGUGACCUAAGGGUGGCUUUUGGAGGUCAGACGUGGACGUUCAAUCCAGCGUGCCUCUCGGGGCGGCCUGUGGAGGUGGACGCCAACCUCAUGACGGCCGAGAACCCCAACGAAUCUGGAAGUACUGUCAUCUCAGUGUUGGAGAAGCUGCUGUCUCAGUCCACAGAGCAGGACAACCCCAGCCGCUUGGUCAUCGAGGCAGCACAUGGCAGUGCCAACAAAGUGCGGGAAUUAGUGCAGAAAUAUCCUGACAAGGUGGAUAUAAAGAACCAGGGCAAGACAGCACUGCAGGUCGCUGCUCACCAGGGCCACAUGGAGGUGGUGAAGGCCCUGCUGCAGGCCAACAGCUCCAUCGAGGUCAAGGAUGAAGAUGGAGACACAGCGUUGCACUACACCGCCUUCGGUAACCAGGCCGAGAUCGCACGACUUCUGUUGAGCAAGGGGGCGAAUGUCAACCUCUUGAACAACUCCAUGUGCACGCCGCUCCACAUCGCCGUCAACAAGGGCUUCACCGACGUAGUGCGGGUGCUCACUGAACAUUCGGCUGACGUCAAUCUCCAGGAUUCAUACGGGGACACGCCUCUCCAUGACGCCAUCGCUAAAGACUUCCGCAAUGUCAUCGAAAUCCUGGUUGUGGUGCCCAACAUCGACUUCACUCAGCAGAACCACAGAGGAUUCAACCUCCUACACCAUGCUGCCCUCAAAGGAAACAAACUGGCCACAGAGAAGAUCCUGGGCCGAGCGCGGCAGCUUGUGGACGUUAAGAAGGAGGACGGCUUCUCUGCGCUGCAUUUGGCCGCCCUCAACAACCACAGAGAAGUCGCCGAGAUCCUCGUCAAGGAGGGACGCUGCGACAUCAACAUCCGCAACAACCGCAACCAGACGCCGCUGCAGCUGGCGGUGACGCAGGGCCACACGGAGCUGGUGCAGCUCCUGGUGGCCGAGGGCGCGGACGUCAACCUGGAGGAUGAGGAUGGCGACACGGCCAUGCACGUGGCCCUCCUCCGCCCGCAGCUGGCCAACGUCAUGCUCAGCCCCACAGUGGGAACCAGCGGCACGGAGGAGGGCAGUGAGGGCUGUUCCACCACGACGCUCUACUGCAGGCUGAGCGCUUCGGGUCUUCUGGGUAACACAGAGCUGAGCGUCGGGGCGGCUAUGGCCUGUUUUCUCGCACAGGAGGGGGCUGACAUCAACUAUGCCAACCACAAGGGCAAGAGUCCUCUGGACCUUGUGGCAGACAGCACAAUGGUGCAGCUCAUCAAGGGCUUUUCUGAAAAGCACAGGUUGCAGCGUUUGCAGGCCAUCACAUGUGGACAGGGCCUGAGCAGUGCCAGCCUGCGGCGGGUCCACACAACGCCCAACACCAUGACCAACCUGGUUUUUCCCACGCCGCCAGGGCCCAGCGAAUGCCUCAUCUGCUCUGAGCUGGCUCUGCUGGUUCUCUUCUGCCCGUGCCAGCACAGCGUGGCCUGUGAAGAAUGCGCCCAUCGAAUGAAGAAAUGCAUCAAAUGCCAAGUCACAAUCACGAAGAAAAUUAGACAAGACCAAACGGAGGUGGACUGCAGCCCCGGAAAUGAGAACUCGGAGCAGCACAACCUGCUUGAGCAGCUGCAGUCCCGCUACCGGCAGAUGGAAGAGCGAAUCACCUGCCCCAUCUGCAUCGACAACCACAUCAAGCUGGUCUUCCAGUGCGGACACGCCUCCUGCAUCGACUGCAGCGCCGCGCUCAAGACAUGCCCCAUCUGCCGGCAGACCAUCCGAGAGCGGAUCCAGUUGUUCGUGUGAGCUCCUCUGCGCUCUCAGCUCUCAGACGACCCAAAGAGGAUGUCGGAGGGGGUUGGAGGGAAAUGUGGGUGGGGGGUGGGAGUGGUAGGGGGCAGCUGUUACCUUUUUGGAAGACCCACUGACCUGUGUCCGCCUGUCGCACACCCGCCGGCCCAUCCCCACCGCGCGUAGUCAAAUGCUCUCUCUGCCCACGUUGCUUUACUCUUAAGACGCUGUGUCACAUCGUCCACAGUUUGUUACAUUUUCAGUAGUUUCCCCUCUCGAGCAGCGCAGGCGGGAACGUAUCGUAUCGCCGCCCGUACCGAGGCUCCGUCGAGCUCGACAGGAAGCAGACGGAGGCGGAGUUGCCACUCGGAAAGCUCCGGGUGAGCUGGGAGAGAAAGGACCCCUCCAUCUUCGUUUCCACCUCCUGUAAUCUGUCCUAUCUUUGCUGCUUUAAGUGGAUGUCUGUUACCCAUCAUCCUCUCUGGCUGUCUGGCCUCUCAGUUUACAAGGCUGCACAGAAUCAGUCCCCGUGUCUCCCCCCCCCCCCCCCCCCCCCCCGCCAUUGGCCUGUCCCGUGAUUUAUGUUUGCUCUCAUUCGUAUCAAUCUCUUAAUAAUCUGUGUUAGUCUCUGCAGAGGGAGUUGGUAUAACUAAAGGCUCUCUUUAUAGUCCCCGACCACUCGCCUGUAUGCAAGGGGAAAUACACACUAUAUAUGCAUGAGAAUAUGCAUAUUGUAAAGCUGAAAAUGACUGUGUCGUCAUGGGUGAUUUGUCGUCGUCGUCGUAGUAUAAUUUCUCUCUGGUUACAUUUGUGGUUUUUUAAUGUACCGAUAACUACAGGUUUUUAUUUAUGUGUGAGAGGUGGUAUUACUUAGUAAUGUCCUUUUCUCAGUCGGUGUUUGCUUGGCAAAAAAAAUGUUAUUGUUUCUACUGAAAUUCACCCCAAGCCUAUGUCCUCUACUCAGGGUAUCAAAUUAUUGAAAGCACUUGUGAUAUCCAUAAAAGGUUAAAGAGCACCCGCCCCCCCCUUUCCAACACACCAUCAUAGAGCUACAGUUUGUCAGAUGAUUUUAGUGGAGGGUCACUGAAAGAAAAGGUCUCUAAUAACUAACCCUGUGGUAGAUGACUAAAAUGCAGGGGGGGGUUACUUUAUUAAACCUGAAAUAUUUUUCUCUCUCAUUGGUGAAAUGAAUGUUUGCAGAUGAGUUUCUGCAACAUAACUGACAUUCUAUGAAAAGAAAACAUUACAAAAAAUGACCACAGUCUGUCUGUCCGUCCGUCAUCUGACUGGUGCGGAGAACCCCAGUGAGCACCAGGGUUCACACUUCAACAGAGGAUACUCACGUUAUGUUAUUUAUCCACCAGACGUAUUGUAAGAUAUAGAAUCAGAAGGGCAAAAACAUGACGCCGUUGUGUUGCAUCUGUAGUUAUUUGUCUACCGUGUUAGUCGAGUCAGUUCAGAAGAAACCCCCUCCUCCCUUUUCUCCCCUGAAGUUCUGGAUUGUACGUCACCUUCAUCCUUUCUGUCGUGGUAUGUUUUCUUGAAGGGCUUAUGCAUAUGAGAAAAAAAAAAUUGUAUCUAUUUUAAUCCUUAUUUAAAUUUUUUUUCUACAACAAACUUCCGGAGACAGGAGUUUUUUUGUUUUUUUUCUUUCUUUACUUCAUUAGAUCCCAAAUUUUGGGAGAGACAAUGUUAAAGAUGUACAUUUGAAUGUCGCGAGGGGGGAAUAAAUGUAUCCUGUCUCACUCUGCCUUUUUAUGUGUAAAGAAAAAAGAUGUAAGAGUGGAGCCGGAGAGAGCGGGGGACGUGUUUACCACGAGGUUUACUUUGACGAGAGGAUCUUCUACAUCAGUGCCAAAUCGCAUGAGGAUGUGCAUGGGCAUGUACGCCCGAAUUUAUCUACAAGAACCCCCUCCAAGCUCAGGCGAGGGUUCCCUUAUUCCAGCAAUGUGAAGUAAACUAAAAGCAAACUUUAAACGUCAAUGUUUUGUUUAGUUCAAAGUCAGAAGUGUUAUCUCGGCACGCCCAGCCACAGCGCUGGCAUCAGCGGUCGAGCUCAUGGUGUUAGCCUCCUCACGUUACUGUAGCCGUAGUGCUCCCGACCUCCUCGUGUUCUCAGUGACAGGUGACGCUACACUCGCUUCCAAAACAUAUUACCAGUCCCAUGUUGUUCGGAGCUUUUUACAAGUAUAUAUAUAUUUAUAUUUUGUGAGACGUCGUCAGUGGACAUCGAGUUUUCUUAAAUAAAUCUCACCAUUGUAAGGAUUGUCCAAUGGUGUGCUAAGCUGGUGGAGUCACAGGCAAAAGGCAAUAAUGUUUUAGAAAAAAGUUGGGGAAGACAUUUGAGUUCUUUUUUCUCUGCCCCUUAAGGAGGCUGCUGUGAGGGCCGGAGACGAUUUCUGUAUAAACACACACUAUUAAAGCAGCGGACGUUACAAUUGGGGUUUGUACAGUUCAGCUCUUGGAGUUCUGAUGUUGGCCUUACUGUCCAUUCCUCCUCUGUUGAUGUUUUUUUUUUCAGUUGUAUUCUGUACAAAAAUAUUUUGCAAUAAAUAUGGAACUGUUUUCUAA